AUGAUGAAAAAUAUUAGAAGCGUUUUUGGGAUAAUUCCCAGAAACGGAACUAGAACGUUUACGACUUUUGAAAAGAUACACAAGGAGCCUCCAAAUUAUGCAUCAGUGCCCUUUGUAAAGGAGGAUUUGGACGUGGUUUUCAAAGAGGUGCCAGAUUUUAAGUAUUAUCACUUCGGUUCGCCGCAGAAUGAGGGGAAUCCGUUUAAAAACGUGCCAAUGUCAGAGUCUAUAUACGUAAGAGGCUCAGAAGGGAGUUUUAAACCAGUGGAUAACAAGUUUCAAUACGCAAAGCUGGAAAACGGACUGAGAAUAGCAGCGUUGGACAAGGGAGGGCUGGAUUCGCACCUGGGCUUGUACGUGGGAGCAGGCUCAGCACAAGAAGAAGGGCACAACCAGGGAGUGUCCUCAAUGGUGGAGAACAUGGCCUUCUACAGCACAGCACACCUGUCACACCUGAGAACAAUCAAAACAGUGGAAACGCUGGCAGCAAACGUGAGUUGCAACGCGUUUCGAGAACACACAGUGUACCAAGCAGAAUUCCUGAGACAGGAUCUGCCGUUCCUGUUAAACAUAUUAGUAGGAAACGUGCUCUUUCCUAGGUUUCUGCCCUGGGAAUUGAAGGCGAACAAGCACAAGCUGGAGGAAAAGAGAACGAAAAUGUUGGAAAACCACGACCAGUUUGUGACGGAGUGCCUGCACAGCGUAGCAUGGCACAACAAUACGCUGGGAAACUAUAACUACUGCCUGAAGGAAAGCGAAGGAAACUACACUCCGGAAAUUAUGAGGAAUUUCAUGCUAAAGCACUUCUAUCCAAAAAACUGUGUCCUAGUAGGAGUAAAUUUGGACCUCAAGGAGUUGUCAAAGUGGGCAAUGAGAGCAUUCGCAGAAUACAACGCAAUACCGAACCCGAAAGAGGAGAAGAAGUUGAAGCCAGAAUACACGGGAGGAGUCAGAUUUGAGCCUGGCCAAACACCAUUUACUCACUUUGCAGUGGCAUACCCAGUGGAAGGAUGGGAUAGCAAGCAGGUGAUAGCGACAACACUGCUGCAGUCGAUACUGGGAGGAGGAGGCAGCUUCACGACGGGUGGCCCAGGAAAAGGCUUGACAACGAGUUUAUACAACAAUGUGCUCAACAGAUACGAGUUUGUCGAAAGUUGCAUGGCAUUUAACACAGUGCACUCAACCACAGGGCUCUUUGGAAUAUACAUGGUGGUCAACGGAGGAUACGCAUCAGGGAACCUGGCACAAGUGUUCUCAAUAAUUAAGGACGAGUUUGAAAGAAUGAAACAACUGACUAACAAGGAGCUUACCAAGGGGAAAAACAGUUUAAAGUCCUUCCUGCACAUGAGUCUGGAACACAAGGCAAUAGUGUGCGAAGACGUGGGAAGACAGCUGCUGUUCUGCAACAGAGUGCUGGAGCCAGAGGACCUGGAGAGGCUGAUAGACAGCGUCACGCUAGAGGAGCUGAAGGCGGUGGUGAACGACCUGAGAAAUAAUAAGCCGAGCGUAGUGGUACACGGGAAGCUGGAUACCGUCCCGCACCCAGAUGUAGUACUCGAGUUGCUGAGGUGA